AUGGCGGGUCAAUUGGGUCUAGACCCCCCAAUCAUGGAGCUGGUGGAGGGAGGCGCGAGGAGACAGGCAGACAGGGCGCUGAGAAGCUGCGAGAAAGAGGUGUUUUUUCUCCCCCUUCCGCCCUUUCCCUCCCCCUCCUCCCCCCCAGAGCACAAGCUUCAGUGGGAUGCUGUGGAUGGCGGGGCAACUGGGAUUAGACCCGCCCCUUAUGGAGCUGAGCACAAGCUUCAGUGGGGUGCUGUGGAUGGCGGGGCAAUUGGGUCUGGACCCCCCGAUCAUGGAGCUGGUGGGGGGAGGGGCGAUGAGACAGGCAGAGAGGGUGCUGAGGAGACAGGCAGAGAGGGCGCUGAGGAGACAGGCAGAGAGGGCGCUGAGGAGACAGGCAGAGAGGGCGCUGAGGAGACAGGCAGAGAGGGCGCUGAGGAGCCAGGCAGAGAGGGCGCUGAGGAGCCAGGCAGAGAGGGCGCUGAGGAGCCAGGCAGAGAGGGCGCUGAGGAGAGGAGCUUGCUGUGGAUGGCGGGGCAAUUGGGUCUGGACCCAUCAAUCAUGGAGUUAGUGGGGGGAGGGGCGAGGAGACAGGCAGAGAGGGCUUUAAGGAGCUGCGAGGCUGUUGCUGCUGUGGUGAAGGGGAGGGAUGGGGCUGUGGGGUGGGGGAAGGGCGGGGGAGGGAGCGAGGAGGAGGGGAAUUGGGAGGGAGAAAAUAGAGGUGGAGGGAGUGGUGGGGGAGGGAGUGGGGGGGAGGGGUGGAGGAAAUGGGUUCGGAAGGGGUGUUUGAGUGUUGGGAGGGACUGUAUCGCUAUGACAGUGUAUUUGGCACGGGAUGUGGUUGGAGGGGAGAGAGGGGAGGUGGCUCGGGCAGUUGAGGAGUUUUUUGCAGCUGCCCGGAGGAAGAGGAGGGAGAUCUGGGCAGCGGAAGGCAGGAGAAGUGGGACAGGGAGGAUGGGGGAGACAGGGGAGGGGGAGGGAGAAAUGGGAAUAGGGGACAAAGGAGGUAGAGGAGGGGAAAGCGGGGUUGCAGGAAGAGGGGAGGAGAAACGUGAGGUGGUGUGGGGUGUGGGGCAAUGGUGGGUGGUGGGGCAUGGAAGGGAGGAGGGCGGCGAGGAGAAGAGUGGGAAGGAGUCUGCUGCUGAUGGUGGCGGGUCAGGGAUCGUUGGUGCUACACGAAAGGGGAGAGAUUUUGAGGACAGGGGUGAGGGGGAGGAGGAGGGAGAGGAAUUGGAGGAAGAGGAAGAGGAGGAUGAGGAGGAGGAGUCAGAGGGAGUGAUAGCAGCGGAUCCGCUGCUGCAGUGUUUGGUGGUACCAGGACUGCCUAAAGGGGCUGCUGUUGAGAUCGCUCCUCUCCUUGCCGCCCCACCUCUCUCCUCCUCCUCUGCCACCUCAGCUGCCCCGUGGCCAAGUUCCCUCACCCCCCUGCACCUCCAGUCCACGUCAGCACCCUGCCACGUGUCAAACGCAGACUGCCACACGUCAGUUCUAGGGAAUCAGCUGGCAGGGAUGAGCUUGGGCGAAGGAAAAGAAGGGCGCGAGUCAGCAGAAGCAGACAAAGAGACAGGGGCAAAGGAGGUUGACAGAGUUGUGGGUGAUGCGGCAGAGACAGACAGGCAUAGAGGGGCAGAGGGCACAGACAGUAUGGCGGAGGGAGCAGUGGGGAGGAGAGAGGGAGAUGAGGGGGAGAUGCAGAGGAGAGUGGCUGUGGGGGGAGGGGCGGAGGGGGGAGGGGCGGAGUGGGGAGGGGCGGAGGGGGUGAGCAUUAGUGGGCGGGGCACCGCAGCAGCGGGUGCUUUCUGUCGCGUGCACCUGCGGGUGGAGCAGACAAAGGGGGAGCAGAGGGGAGGGUGUGAAGGGAAGCUUCCUCUUGCCUGUGAGGCUGCAGGGGAGGGGGAGGGCAGCAUGGGGUCAUGUGCAGACAGCUUGGUGGAUGGGGUUGCUGGCGGAUGCGUCAGAGUGCUGUCAGAUGCCCUCCACGUGGCACGACUUGAUUGGCCCGAUGUUGCGAAGAAAAUUACCCACUAUUCUUCUCUUCCCCCCUCCCCGUUGUUCCCCUCCCCCUCCCUCCUGGACACCACCCGAUCAACCCCACAGAUGCUCCGUGUGUAUGUGGCGGCGGGAGGGCCGAUCCCCAUCCCUGCCCUGUCACUCGCCGUCAAGACUCAUCUCUCCAAGACCCUGCACAACCGAACCCAGUCCCAAGCCUCCCAUGAAACACCUGCUUCAAGCCACCAGCAUGGCCCUUCUGCUGUUGUGGCGGAGGUGCUGUGCCCAAUAGUGGUGCCGGUGACAGCAGUGGGGCCCACAGCUGCAGUGGAUGCUCUCCUGGCAGUAGAGAUGACGGCUUUUGGGGUAUGA